CAAAACCUCCUUGGUGUGACUGUGCGAGCAGAACGUGUGCGGCGGUAAUGGCUGCCAGGGAGAGUGAGGAAGACAACAAAUGAACCCCAGAGAGACGACUCACAGCACUGGGUCGUGGGAGACCUGGAGCCUAUCCCAGCUGACAUUGUGUGAGAGGCAGAGUACACCCUGGACAGUGAGGACUAGGAUGGUAAGCAGCCAGCCGAAGUACGAGCUGAUCCAGGAGGUGGGGCGUGGCAGUUACGGCGUGGUCUAUGAGGCAGUGGUGAAGCGCACAGGCGCCCGGGUGGCGGUGAAGAAGAUCCGCUGCCAUUCUCCGGAGAAUGUGGAGCUCGCCCUGCGGGAGUUCUGGGCCCUCAGCAGCAUCCAAAGCCAGCACCCAAACGUCAUCCACCUGGAGGAGUGCAUCCUGCAGCGGGACCAGCUGGCUCAGAGGAUGAACCACGGCUCCAGCUCCCCGCUCUACCUGGAGCUGGUGGAGACGUCUCUGAAAGGCGAGAUCACAUUCGACCCGUGCUGUGCCUAUUACUUGUGGUUCGUUAUGGACUUCUGUGACGGGGGCGACAUGAACGCCUACCUGCUGUCCCGCAAACCGAGCCGCAAGACCAACACCAGCUUCAUGCUGCAGCUGGGCAGCGCCCUGGCCUUCCUGCACCGAAACCAGAUCAUACACCGCGACCUCAAACCAGACAACAUCCUCAUCUCCCAGGCCUGCACGCCGGCCGGCUCGACCGAGCCCACCCUCAAAGUGGCCGACUUCGGCCUGAGCAAGGUCUGCUCCACCUCUGGGCUCAACCCUGAGGAGCCGGCCAGCGUCAACAAGUGCUUCCUGUCCACAGCGUGCGGAACAGACUUCUACAUGGCCCCGGAGGUCUGGGAGGGUCACUACACGGCCAAAGCGGAUAUCUUCGCCCUGGGGGUGAUUAUCUGGGCCAUGGUGGAGCGCAUCACCUUUGUGGACGUGGAGACUCAGAAGGAGCUGCUGGGGAGCUACGUGCAGCAGGGCUCAGAGAUUGUACCCUUAGGGGAGGCCCUGUUAGAGAACCCAAAGAUGGAGCUGCUGAUCCCUGCCAGGAAAAAGAGCAUGAACAGCCACAUGAAGCAGCUGAUCAGGGAGAUGCUGUCGGCCAACCCUCAGGAACGGCCCGACGCCUUUGAACUGGAGCUCAGACUGGUUCGUAUCGCCUGCAGAGAGCUGGACUGGGACACGUGAUGGACGAGCAAAUGGCACCACAGACUCAGCCAGUCAAGCACAUGUACACAUCUCAUCAGCUCUUGUUCACUUAGAUCACAUAACGGGACUAUUGUUUUUUAACGUGGGAACAAUAAUUAGAAUAACCAUUGUCUGUAUCAUGGCUUAACUUUAUCCACUGUCCAAGCACAUGCAGUCCUCUGCGAGCUGUGUCUUUAUAUUGGAGGGGAGAGGUGUUACACCCACCGCUGCUGCUGCUGCUGCUCCAAAUUGCAGCUUAGUCUCAGGCUAAUCACAUCACAGCUUCCACUUCCUCCUUACAGAAUCACUCGAGUGUGCUGGAAGAGCAGAAUGACCCCCAAAGUCCUGCAUUCAAUUAGAAGAGAAAGUCAAAGUGACGGUGAGACAGUUUGUCUACAAAUACCAUCUUGGACUCGGUGCUAAUUGUUACUAAAUGCAAUAUGAGACAUUAUCCUGUGAUCAUGACAGCGUACAUUUAUCCAAAGGGCCAAGAUUAAAACACAGUCACCUCAGUGUUAAAAGGCUUCGACAGAACCUGACUUACAAACUGAUUUCAGCCUGGUACGUGACCACCAGCAUUAAUCUUUUCAAUAUUUACAUCAAGAUUCGAUUCUGUUUUUGGCAUCAGUUGCAGGAAUGCCCUUAACGCUCAGGUAAUAAAAACAUACAGCAUGAUGGUAUUUGUAGACAAACAUCUCGUGGUCAGUUUUGCUCAGUCGUCUCGGAGGAGAAAAAUACCAGACGUUGGUGCUUAAAGAUAACUUUUUUUCUGUGGGCUGCUUCGUUGGUUGUGUGGGUGGGGGACAUUUUAUCAGUUAGUGACCAACCAGCGGGUGCUUGUUGGCUUUUUUCCUCUUCUUGCCCAUUACAGACUUAAAGAUAAGUCGACUGAUCCCAGACACACCCCUAACCAAUAUACCAGAAUGUAUAAUGACCAAGACAGGUCACCUUUGUUUGUAUAGAGCCUUAAACAGACUUCAUUUUCAUUGGAGAGUGCUUCACGCAGUUAAUGAGGAGAGCUUAAAGGAUAAUUCUGGUUUAUUACAGCUUGGUACUGUUCCUGUUUGUAGUAACGACAUCAUACUGACAGAGUUAAUCGACCCCUCACUGAGCCCUGCACCCCUGUCCCUGUUGCUGUGCCUGUUAAAAUAAUAUUUUAGUAGUGGUGGCAGAUUUACCAACAGAAAAAAAUACUUUUUGCGGGCAGUGUUGGUCAAAAUCAAAAGAUUAUUUCCUAUGAACGAGAUAAUAGCUGGAAUAUCUGUCUAGAUAACCUUAUAGGCUUAAUCAGGCACUUUUUAAAGUGGGAACAUUGUGCACAGUGAAGCGCUUAGUGCACCGUACAAAGGGCGUCGAAUGUUUAGCCAAAUGCAGUUGACUAACUACAAAUGUUCACUGUAAAGCAUAAUGGAACUGUGCAGUGGCGCCGGCACGAUUGUAUUUUAUACGCACUAGAACUGCGCAACAUUUAGGUCCCCAUGUGGGCACAUACUCCUCAGCGAACAAGUGAGCGUGAAAGAGAAGGAGAGAUUAGGCUCGUUUGAGAUGAACUGCGCCUCGCCUGGAAAGUAGACGAGAGCAGACAAAAAGCUGUGGUGAAGUCGGACGGUUUCCCGACAGUUUCCAGCAGCCGUCAGUCUGUACAGGAAGUCACAGAAACACUCACAUCCUGUCAGAUGUGAUGCUGAUUAUCAAAAAUGUUAAGUUAUUAAUGCUUUACAGGUGAUCUGUAAUUUAUGUUCAUGGUUCAACCUCCAUUUUACAUGAAUUCCCAUGUAAAUCAGCAUCAUAUCAGUUUGCUGCUGCAGAGCAGACCUGUCUCCUCAACUACAAGCUAAAUUGUGUCUAAUAUUUUCAGAGGAUAAAAAUACAAGACAACAGCUUUCAUUAAAGAUCAGUCAGAUAUAAUCAGGGCUGUACAGAUGUUAUUUUAAGAAUCCUCACAUCCCACUGACCACAAGUCUCUGUGAUGUUAAAUACUUCAAUAAUUAAAACAGCCCAGAAGUAGACUUCAGUUUAUGAUGAAUGACGACUAAAUGUCACCAUCAGUCACACAACAUGUUUUCAGUUGUUACAGAAUAAACCUUCAAAUCAGACAAAUCUAAAUCCCUAAAAUUCAACAAAGAUUAAAAAAAAGUUUAUCUACCACAUCAUCUUAUUGAGUCAACAUCUAAACCAAUCAGCUGUUAGAUCAAGUUAGAGUCAGGCUUUUUCCAUCAUGCCUUGGGUCUCGCAGUUGGUGGAGAGCAACUGCAGCGCCUGGCUCUAAAAACAGAGGCUGCCUCGCUCCCAACGAGAUUAUCACUGUCCAGUUUUGUAAGACGUCAGAGGAAGUCGGGAUGAAGUCGGACACCAAACUAAUCAGCAUGCAUUGUGCGGCGAUUGCCGGUGAUUGAACUGAAGAGUUCAAAUACCAGCAAACAGGUCGAGUUCACACAAUCACUAUUAGCUCUUAUACUGUAGCAACAACGUUCUGAUUAAUGGUGGAUCACUGAAAUAAUACAUCCUUUAUGAGGAAAAUAUUAAAAGCCCUUGGUAUCAUCAUUUUGUAUGCUCACUCUGAAAACAGUCUGAUUAAGCCUAGAAGUUUAUCUCUCAGGUAGGAGUUAACAUCCUGUACGUAGGAGAUAAUUUGUCCUUUUAUAGGAGAUAACAUCUCGUAUGUAGGAGAUCAUAUCUCCCAUGAAGGAGAUCAACAUUGGCCUUUAAAUCAUUGGUAGUUUUUGAAACAUUUGAUCCUUAAUUUCAGACAGAACCAAAACCACAGUGUCACUUUUGGGGAGUUGACUGUCUUGAGCUGGCUUUACAACCUGUCUGAUAGCGUCACUCGGCCCAUUGGACUUCAUUUUGUAGCAAUGUUGCUCCCAGAUCUUAGCAGUUAUUUUUGGUGAGUACAAUGUAAGAAUGUCUCAAACUAUGAACAUAAAACCUAAGUUGAAAUAAACCAGAAUCAUCCUUGAACAAGCAAACUACAAUGAAGCCUACAUUUAAAAGACUUUGUGGAGUGACUCCCCCACACGUGGCGAACAAAUCUACUCUUGAGAGCAAUCCUUACGUUGCCUAAACAUAGAUUUAAUUAUCUGAACGAUGAGCUGUUUGUAUUACAACAACAGUGACAUGAAUAUUCACGUCAGAGUCCAUUUAGACCUGAAUGAGGGGAAAGGGUGAGGGAUUCAGUGACUCUCACUGAAAGCACUUUUAUUUUGUUGUUUAUAUUUAUUCCUCAUAACUACCUACUGCAUUAUAUGGAGGAGCUCUGUGAGGCUGGAUUCAGUGUGAUAACUGCGUUGGUAUUUGUUUACCAGGCGAACACAAUGUCAGCCAACAGUCUACUUAUGCAUGCAGUGCCUCUCACCUUCAGGGAAGAAGUGAGAGAAGACACCAGCACACACAAUCCUCCAUGAGCCAGAGGAUCUCUGCUUUUUUUUUUUUGAUACAUAAUACUGUUGUGUUUAACUUGAUCUCCUCUCACUGUGUCACUGCUCCUCGUUUCCUUUGGCUCUGGAUCUUACAGUAAUCCCUUUCUUCAUGCUUCCGACAGGCUAAUUCUAAGCCUAUUAAGUUGUUGCAGCACUUGGCAGAGGAUCAUACUCGGGACCCCUUUUUGCCUUUCAGGUCAUACAUAAUUUGUGCACUUUUACAAAUUUUACAGGAACCUGUAAAACCAAACAAUCCUGGCUCCUUCGUUGCUCUCAAACUCUGGCGGAAAAUCAAAUUUUCUUUGACCUGCUGCCAACAUUUAUCCACUAGAUGGCCUUCAAAUCUCCCCUUAGCUGUAAUAGAUUUUCCUGUCAUGAUUAAGAUUUGCCUUAUUUCUGCAAUUCACCGUUUUCUCUUUGACACUAGAGUGGCCUCAUUGACACUGCACUCAAACACAGAAUUGGCAGAAGUUGUGCUUGAGGUGCACCGCGUUUCACUGACUCUAUGCGUGGUGCUUUGGUAUGAACAGAAAUACCACAAAUCAGUAUUAAAAUUCCUGUCUUUGUUGCAGGACGUCUAUGCUGCUUUGGACAAUGUUGCUGUGCUUCAAGAAUGUGGUAUUUGUGGCUUUCUGUUCACAAGCAGCAAAGUUUGGACUCAAAGUAGGUCAGCCAUAUCCUCGGAGCUCUAAGCAGAGCAGAGGAUGAUGGGUAGAGUCAUUUCCGGCCACAUUUCUUCCCUCAACCUUUCUAGACAAAAGGACGGGGGUGGGGGACAGUUGGCUUCCUGUGAGGUUUGAGACAUUUGCCAAACAGAUACAAGGUAUGGGGUAUUUAGAGAUUUCACUCUUUGAUUUGUUGUAUUCCUUUGCACAUGUGUAAAUACUGUAUAGGAUCAACAGGGGACGAACAAGUUUGAUGUACAUUUGAUGGAUGUGCUCUGUUUUCAAGAGCCCGACUUGUUUGACAUGUAAAUUGCUGUGAUGGAUUCAAUUUUACUUCAGCUCUUAAUUCAGCUUCUGUUUACUUCAGUCAUGAACAAGAUGUGAUAUAUUUACAGGUUAAUACUGUUGGUGUGCUAGUGAUAACUGUAUGUUUUUCAUUUGCCUAUUGUUUGUGAUUUUGUGUAAGCAAAGCUGGGUCAACUCCAA